GGCACUGAUUGGGCGAACUGACGAAUGACGGCAGAGAAAAUUGGGAUGUGAUUGGCCGUAAAUUAGCCACGCCUUCCUUAGCGUCACGUGGGGGCGGGGUAAGUUAAAGGCACAUUUACGCAUGCUGACUGUAGUGUGUGUGUGUGGUGGUUUCCAAGCCGGUGUUAGCAAAGCUGUUUAAAUCUCAAUGAGGUCUAGCUGUGUUUUAUGUUAUUUUAGGAGUUAGUUUACUUGCCGAAAGACAGAUUAAAGUGGUCAGCUGAAUAUUAACGACAAGUAAACUCGAAAACAUGGAGAUUCCGUGACGGCUACAUGUUUAGCCCUGAACUAGUCAGACUUCUAGGAUUGUACGUGUCCACAUUAGGAGCAAUUUAGUCUUCUAGUGAGUAUCUUAACUUUCUGUAUGUGUAGCCGUGUCACUGGUUAUUGGGUAUUUCUGUGUAUAUUAGUUCACACUGAAAGCGAUAAGUGGCUGCAGCUGUAGUAUAUGAACUUGUGCCAACACGUGUUUGGCAGUGAAGUGAAGUGGGCACAUGUGGACGGUGUGUUGCAGGUAGAGAGGAGGCCUGCGGACAUGGCCGGCAAAGGCCGAGGAGUAGCAGCCUUCACCUUCAACAUCGAGGCUCUGGGCAUCGGCAGGGGCAGCAUGCCAGAAGCCAGGGUGGGGCCCAGUCCUCUGUUUCCAAGCACAGACUUUAAACCAGUUCCGCUGAAAGCUGGUGAAGAUGAGGACUACAUGCUGGCCUUAAAACAGGAGAUGAGAGGAACAAUGCAGCAGCUGCCGCACAACAUCAAGCCUCAGUCCAAUAAAUCAGAAGUGGAGCGAUACACUGAGAGAUACCUGAAGAAAAGUCAGAUUGAGGAUGAAGACUGGACUCCAGACUGGAACCUCUUUCCAAAAGAAUUGAUGCCACAAACUAAAAAACCUCGUGCAAAAGCUGGCACCAAGAAGAAACCAGUGAAGAUAUCGCGCAAAGAGACAGAAGCCAUGCUGAGCAAAUUAGAUGCACUGGCAAAGAAUGAUGACAGAAACCCUGAAAAAUCGGAUGAUGAGACUGAAAAGAAACCUGGGAAUGAGGAAGAAGAGGAAGUUGAAGCAGAAGAGUAUGAUGAAGAGGAUAUUGAAGAGGAAAACGACUACAUUGACAGUUAUUUCGACAAUGGCGAAGAUUUUGCUGCAGACAGUGAUGACAAUAUGGACGGUGAAGCAACAUACUGAGACAAUGCGACUCAGCCGUUGAAACUCAAGCGAGCGCGCACUGUGGAAUUAAACCACCAUUGUGUGGUUUUUUUUCUGUUGGUUAACUAUUGUAGAUACAUUGGGAGUACUGUUUGAAAGAGAGAGCCUUUGUUUGUUUUAUUUUGUGUGAUCUGAGAAGUGAGUUCUGUUUAAAAAAUGUAAAUAAGAAAUGCAAAUCUAUGUGCACACUGGCAAUAAUUUAUUCAAAAUAGAUUUAUUUAUUCUUCAGCCUGUAGACAGAUUCCACAGGUUGAAAGGCACAUACUGUCAACAACAUGUAAUGCUUUGUCAUAAAAUAUCAAGUGAACACAGUGAUAAAAUAAAAGGGCUAUAUACCAAAGUCUAAAAGUUCACAUAA